AUGAGUCAACAACAAACUAGUGCUGAAUCAACAACCCUCGUCGAAAAAGUAACCAAGUUCAUCGUAUCACCAGUAUCUCUUGCUGUGAUUUCUGUUGCUGGUGUUGCUGGAGCAUAUUUAUUAUAUAAGAAAUUUUCGCCAAAGAAAAAGACAAGUUCGAUAACUGGUGAUGAUUAUAGUGAUACUUCUUCUGAUAGCGAUUCUGAUAGUGAUUCUGAUGAAGAAGAAGUCGAAAUCAAGGAUUUCACUCUUGAUGAAUUACACACAUUUGAUGGUGUUAUCAAUCCAAAAGUUUAUGUUAGUGUUUUAGGUAGUGUUUUUGAUGUUACCGGAAGUGGAUUUUAUGGUCCUGGAGAAACCUACUCUCUUUAUGCUGGACAUGAUGCUUCAUUUGCCUUGGCAACUAAUGACGUCACUGCCACCAACUUGGAUAAAUUGGAUCUUUCUGAAUUGAAGGCAAACGAAUUGGAUCAUUUACAAUCCAUGGUUGAACACUUUAGAAUGAAGUAUUUACAUGUUGGUAACUUGCUGGAAAUGCAAUAA